AAGAAGAAGCUUUGAGGCCAGCAGCCUACCAUUGCAUAAAUCCGAGACUAAAAGAAGCUUUGAGGCCAGCAGCCUACCAUUGCAUAAAUCCGAGACCAAAAGACACUCCCCCCCAUUAAGGCGGAGCUAUGAUGCACCUACUAAACAAUCAUCAUUGCACAAAUCUGGAUCAGACCGAUCUUCCUACAGCCAAAGUCCCUCCCCUUCAAAGCGGGUUUAUGACUCUCCUGGCCAAUCACAUUUUCGCAAAUUAGAGAGCAGCAAUUACUCUGCAACAAACCGAUCUGCCUGUAACCGAAGUCCCUCCCCUUCAAAGCGGGAUUAUGACCCUCUUGGCCAAUCACGUUUUCACAAAUCAGAGAGCUGCAAUUACUCUGGACCAAACCGAACUUCUGAUAACCGAAGUCUCUCCCCUUCAAAGCGGGGUUACGACCCUCCUGACCAAUCACGUUUUCACAAAUCAGAGAGUGGCAAUUACUCUGGAACAACCCGAACUUCUGAUAACCAAAGUUCUUCCCCUUCAAGACGGGGUUAUGACCCUCCUGGUCAAUCACUUUUCAGAUUAGAGCACAGCAAUUGUUCUAAAAGUGGGCGGGGCCAGAAUAUAUUAAACAAAACUCUCAGUGAAACAAGGAUUGAGUCUGCAUCCUACAUGGGGAAAUCAACUAAUAGCAGCACAGCAGGAUCAUGGCGAGGCUCCACCCACUCUCUCGAGAGCCCACCAAUAUCCCGUAACUCCUCUCCUUCUAGGAAGUACAGUGAAAGCAAGCUGGUUGGUGUCCGGAAAUCUGCCCAUGUUUCCUGGAGUACUGGUGACAGGAGGCAGGGUCAGGAUAAUCAUAGGCCCUCCUGCCGGAACAGAAGCCCCUCCCCCUUAAUGAGAAACCACACUUCUUCUCAGAGCUCAAUAGAUUCACUUAUGUCAAGCGGCUCAUCUGGUCUGAACAGAGAAGAAUAUGCCAUUAUGGCCGACCUUCCGAAGGUCAAGAGGGUCCUCCAGAGGGCAAGGCCAAAACAGAUGGAGGGAAUGGAGAGAGGAAACAGAGACGAAACAUCAUUAUACAAACCUGCCAGCCACUCCCACGCUAAACCUGCCCAUAUCACCUGGGACGACUUGAUGGAUCAGCGAGGAAAUCCCUCCCCUACACACACGUCUUCACACACACAGGGAAAUAAGAUGGAGCAGGAGAAGAAUGAGAGACUUCAACAGCCUGAUCUGUUGAACUUUAAGAAGGGAUGGAUGUCCAAACUGGAUGGAAGUGGAGAGUGGAAAAAGCACUGGUUCGUGCUGACAGAUGCUGGACUGAAAUACUACAGAGACUCUGGAGCCGAGGAGAAAGAUGAGUUGGAUGGAGAGAUUGAUCUCUGUUCGUGUUUGAAAGUCUCUGAGUUUGAUGUGGAGAAAAACUAUGGCUUUCAGAUACAGACGGCAAGUGGAGUGUUCACACUCUCGGCUAUGACUGCGGGAAUCAGGAGGAACUGGAUUGAGAUUUUGAGGAAAAACAUCCGGCCAAGCAGUACACCGGACCUUACACAACUUCCAGACAGCACUAGUAAUAGAGAGGAAUCUCGACACCACUCGUCUCGCCGCCAGUCAGACUCCUCCUCCACUCCUGCCCCCACCCAGCGCAAAUUCGAUUACGUCGAGCUCUCUCCUGUAGCCACGCCCACUCUUUCUGCCCCAGCCAAUCAGAGAGAGGCAGGGGAAGGGCAGGUGCGUGAGCACGGUCAGGGCCAGGAGGACAAGAGCCGAAACACGCAGCGGGAGACGGUGAUAUCACGCAAGUGGCCGGGGAGAACUCCAGAACAGAAACGUCUGGAGGAGGAGAUCGAGAGGAAGUGGGAGGAGUUUGAGCGUCUGCCUCUCAAACCCACGGUGUCUCUGUCUGCGUUGGGAUCGCUGCAGAGGGAGGUGGCAUCUCUGACGCAGCUGACGGAGUGUGUGCGGGGUGAAGGGUGUGUGUGUGCGUGUGAGGGUGGGGUGUGUGUGUGUCAGAGUUGCAGUGUGAGUUUGGAGCAGAUGGAGCGUGCACACAGACACGCGCUGGAGGAACUGCAGAGGAAACACCAACGUCAGACCGCAGAAAUAGAGAGAGAGAAAGAGAGACUGCUGAACGAGGAGACUCAAGCCACGGCUCGUGCGAUGGAGGCUCUGAGAAAAGCUCAUAAAGAAGAACUGGAGAGAGAAGUGCAGAAAGCAAAACACCUUACAACACAAACAGCAGGCACACACACUGUCCCAGACCAGCAGCAGCAGGAGCUCAUGUCUCUGAGGAGGGAGCUGGAUGGUUUAUCAGAUCGUUACUCUCAGAAAUGCCUGGAACUGAACAGAGAACAACAGACCAAUGGAGAGAAAGAACGACAGAUCAGCAUGAAGGAGAGAGAGAUGGAGCAACUGCGCAGACAAAACCAGGAUCUUCAGUCUCGUUUAACAGAGGAGUUCCGGCGUAUGCGCUCAUUUGUCACAGGUCAGAGGUCAGAGGAGGGCAUCGUCGACGGCAACAAGGGGAGAUCAGUGUGUGAACUGGAGGUGCUGCUGAGAGUGAAGCACAAUGAGCUGGAGUACUUGCACAAAGAGAUCAUGUGCUUAAGGAACGAAGUGCAGUUUCUCACCACGGAGAAGCAGAGUGUGUGUGUGCAGUAUCAGAACGUGUGUGAGGAGCUGAAGGUGUUGAAGGAGAGAAGUGAAGGAGAGGUUCAGACACUUCAAGAACAUCUGAGACUCACCAUCGCCGCCCUGCAGGAGGAGCGGGGACUGCACAACAGCAUCUAACACACACAUACACACACACACGCACACACACACACCCACAGCAUCAGCCAAUCAGGAGCAGAGAUCUGGGUCAGCUGACUGGUUAUGAUACACUGGAUGACUUAAAUCUGCAUCUGCACUUUUUUAAAUGUGUGUGUGUGUGAGUCUCACAAUCAUGAAUCUAAAAACGAAUGAUAUAUUUUCUCUCUGGGACCACACACACACAUACACACACACACACACACACAGAGAUGUGGGAGUUCAGGACUUGUCACAAACCACACACCCUGCUCUCCACAGGGACACUCACUGGGUGGACAUGAGCAAGUAAAGUAUAGGGUGGAGCGAUCAACUCUCUCUCACACACACACACACACACACACACACACACACACACACAGAGGAGAUGGAAUGUUCAAAGACAGUGAAGUUCUAGAAUAUUUCUGAUCCCAGGAACCCAGAAGAGUUAUGGAGUGUUCAGUCAGAGUUCUAGAGUGGUCAAGAUGGAAGGGUUCUAGACCUGCAGUCCAGAUAUAUCUGAAAGGCUUGGGGACGGCUUGAAGUAGGCAGAGGUCUUGAAUGCUAAACCUGGAAGGGUUCUAGAAUGCACAUCCAGCAAGGGUUGUGGCUCCCUCAGAAAGAGUUCUAAAAUUUUAAACCUGGAAAGGUUCUAGUGUGAUCAAGAUGGAAGAUUUCUAGACCUUCAUUCUGAAAGGGUUCUAGAAUACACAACCAGAAAAGGGUGGUGGACCGCCCAACUAGGCAGAGGUCUUGGAUGUUAACCUGGAACGGUUCUAGAGUUCUUGACUGGAAAAGGUUCUGGAAUACGCAACCAGGAAGGGUGUAGACUGUUCAAAUGUUUAAGGGUUCUAGAAUGUUAAAAAAUGUUGUCGACUUCUCAACCUUUUCAAGUUAAGAGUUCUAUGUAAGUGUUAAACCAGGAAGUAUUGAGGAUGAAGAGUUCCAGAAUAUUCCACCAAUACGACUUGUAGACUUGAUUAACCAGGCAAUGUGUUUUAACGUUCUUAGGCUGGAUGGGUUCUAGAAUAACACAGUCAGGAAGGACUGUGGGCUGCACAGCUAAAUAGACUUCUGCAAUCUUAAACAAUGCUGGAAGGGUUCCAGGGGGCUCUGGAUGGAGAGGUUCUAAACUACACAUCCAGGGAGGGCUGAAGCCUGCCCAUCUAAGUAGAGUUCUACAAUGUUAAACCCGAAUGGGUUCUAGACUGUUCAAGCUGGAAGGGUUCUGGAAUAUUUCACCUGCAAAGGCUGUUGCCUGCUCAGCCGAGUUCUACAGGGUGUCUGAAAAGUCAGGACUCAUUGGGAGUAUGUUGAGUAAAAUCCACAGAAAUGUGAGACAGCGGUUGGGGAAAGACUUGGAGGUAUAAGGGUGAACAUCUAGAGCAUAUGCUGUAAAUAAUAAACACAAAAUUAAAACUAUAUGAAGUUUUAGUUCGUAGAGAACUCAAUCAGGAAGGCACUGGUCCUGUAACCUAGACUUGUACACUGCUUGAACUGGAAGGGUUCUAGAAUAAUCCACCAGGCAUGUAAACCGCUCUAGCAUUCAGCCAUCUAGAAUAUUUAGUGUCGCAUUAAUACUCAAUCUGAACACAGUGAAAUGUUACAGUUUUAGGUAUAGGUGUUUUAUUGCUCUUGUUUACAGUUAUAACAGCUUCAUCAGCUACUGCGUAAAGGAAACCGUCGUCUUAUCAUAGCAGUGCAUGCUGGGUAAGGCUGAUGAUGUAAUAAAACACACUCGUCCCAGAGAAGGUGUUAGUGUUAGGAUCAGUGUUGGGAUAAAGGCCCGGGGGAGUGAGCAGUGCACAUAGGGUGCAUUAGAGAAGUGUAGUAUAAUAUGGAGAGAGGUGUGUAAUGUUAGCUGAUGUGGGAUCAGUGUGUUCUGUACACACACACACACACACACUGAGUUACGAUGGAGGAGCUGAUGUGCAGACCUGCAGUGCCACAGAGAAAACACACCAAAACAUUGCUUCAAUGAGCCAAAGUUACUUUAUGUUCUUUUUGUAAGAUAAAACGACACUUUGUCUUUAUGAAAAUGUUUUUUAUUUAAAGCAGCAUCUGUAAAAUAAUGUUUAAAUGUCCCAUAGUCAAUAUCAAUAAAGUGAGCAUUGUGUUUUACUUCA